AUGCGUGAGAUCGUGCAUAUUCAAGCUGGUCAGUGCGGCAAUCAGAUCGGAGCCAAAUUUUGGGAGGUGAUUUCCGAUGAGCACGGAAUCGAUCCUACGGGGACAUACCACGGAGAUUCUGAUUUGCAACUAGAACGUAUCAAUGUGUACUACAACGAGGCCACUGGUGGAAAAUAUGUACCACGAGCGAUUCUGGUCGACUUGGAACCGGGUACAAUGGAUAGCGUACGGGCUGGUCCAUUUGGUCAACUUUUCCGUCCGGACAAUUUCGUGUUCGGACAAAGUGGAGCCGGAAACAAUUGGGCCAAAGGACAUUACACUGAAGGUGCCGAGUUGGUCGACUCUGUUCUCGAUGUGGUCCGCAAAGAGGCUGAAUCAUGUGAUUGCCUCCAAGGUUUCCAACUGACUCACUCUUUGGGUGGUGGGACCGGUUCAGGAAUGGGCACACUGUUGAUUUCCAAAAUCCGUGAAGAAUAUCCCGAUCGGAUAAUGAACACAUUCUCUGUGGUCCCCUCACCAAAGGUAUCUGAUACCGUUGUAGAACCUUACAACGCAACACUGUCCGUGCAUCAGCUGGUAGAGAAUACGGACGAGACCUAUUGCAUUGAUAAUGAAGCUUUGUAUGAUAUUUGUUUCCGCACCUUGAAACUGACCACUCCCACCUACGGUGAUUUGAAUCAUUUGGUGAGCGCCACCAUGUCCGGUGUGACUACCUGUCUUCGUUUCCCUGGUCAAUUGAAUGCCGAUCUCCGCAAACUGGCCGUGAAUAUGGUUCCCUUCCCCCGAUUGCACUUCUUCAUGCCCGGAUUCGCACCGUUGACGAGCCGUGGAAGCCAACAAUAUCGUGCGUUGACCGUGCCCGAACUGACCCAACAAAUGUUCGACGCGAAGAAUAUGAUGGCUGCGUGUGACCCGCGCCACGGUCGCUACUUGACUGUGGCCGCCAUGUUCCGUGGUCGAAUGUCCAUGAAAGAGGUGGACGAGCAGAUGUUGAAUGUGCAGAAUAAGAACUCGAGCUACUUUGUGGAAUGGAUUCCGAAUAAUGUGAAGACUGCGGUCUGCGACAUACCACCUCGUGGACUGAAGAUGUCGGUCACUUUUGUCGGCAACAGCACCGCUAUUCAGGAAUUGUUCAAACGUGUCUCGGAACAGUUCACCGCUAUGUUCCGUCGCAAAGCUUUCUUGCAUUGGUACACCGGUGAAGGUAUGGAUGAGAUGGAAUUCACUGAGGCCGAGUCUAACAUGAACGAUCUGGUUAGCGAGUAUCAGCAAUAUCAGGAUGCCACGGCCGAGGAAGAGGGUGAAUUUGAGGAAGAAGAAAAUGAAGAAGCUUAA